AUGACAACUAGAGUUGUACUGGAAGCUCCAUCAUCUGUUGUUAGUAUGGGAGGAAUGGAUAUCAACACCUUUAUUCAAGAAACUAAACUUAGUGAUGUAGCCAGUUAUCCUCAAACAAACAAAAGUGAUCACAGCGUCAACCAUAUCACCGAUGAAAAUACACCUACAUCAGCCACUGAUAGGGUUGAAACUAUGGAGAAACAGAAUGAAUUCACACACCCUUCCAAUAACGGUCAUUUACUUCAAGUGAUUCCAGAAUAUCCAACCAAUAAUUCAGAACCAACAAAUCUUUCCAUAUUGGAUCAAUCAUCACCAGAACAUAUCAAACCAUCCAAUGGAGGUUAUCAAAACCAUUUGAAAUAUAUUCCUAAUCACGAUUUUUCUGGAAAUAGAAGCUCAAUGUUUGUAGAACGUACUUUUGAUUCACCUGGUCCUUCAGUUCCAAAUACUUUCCAAUACAAAUCUCAUCCAAAUGCUAAAACCAAGAAUUCAUUAAUUGCAAUGGUCAGUGAUGAUGAGACAACAAGCGAGCAUUCGCAAUCCCAAUACCAACAGCAACAGAACCAGCUUCUACAACAACAGCUACAACGUCAAAACUCACAACAAGAAGAGAAUGAAAAUACUCCACCAUUCAAGACAAGUACUAUACAAAAACCAAAUCUGGGCGCCACUCCUCCAUGGAUGCCUGACGGAUUACACGACAAAUGGCCCACUCAAAAUACUGACGAGUUUAAGUAUUCCGUAGAUGGUCCUCCAAAACCAAUAGGAGAAUCGGAGUUUAAUUCUUCCGUAAGAAUAACAAAACGAUCAAGCCAACCUCAAUUCAGUUCAUUUAACUUUGACAAAGAGCUUGGUAGUAUCAAUACAAUCAUUCAUCAUUCACAAUUACAAUCGGCUGAAACACCCGCAUGGAAACGAGUAAACAAUGAAUACAAUCAGAAUAGUAAACCCGUUAACAAUAUGCAAAAUAUAUUUCAUACCAUGGAUUCUCACGAUGAGAGUAAUAACAAUCAUAAUAACAAGUCCCUCUCAACCACCACAAACAUAUCCACACCAAUGAUAACUAAACAAAUGAGUAUUCCUAAAGAAUUGAGCCAAGAGAAUUCAACACAAUUGGAAAAUAUUCUCGAACAAGAUAAGAGCAGGACUCCAGCAAGACUGAAUAAUCCAGAAUCUCCAUUGAAAUUAUAUCAUGCCCAAUAUGAUACCUACACUAAAGAAAGAUUGAAUGGAGUACUUGAACAACUACAAGGUAAAUCAAACAUGAAUACUCCUAUCAAUGAAGUCAAGAAUAAUCCUAGUAGGCCAUCAUCCACUAAUAAAAAUGAAGAGAAUCAUCCUUUAGGUAUUAAGAAUUUUGUAAAAUCAGGAGCAUAUAAUGAAGAUUUCUAUAAAAAGAAUGCAGACAAUGUAUUCAAAAAUAUAAAACGAAGAGGGUUUACAUUGUCAAAUAGUACAAAUUUCAAUGAAUCAAAAUUAGGAUCUCAAACUACUGCAACUUCAACACCAAAAACGAAUAAGUUAAUCUCUCAUAUUGAGGAUGAGGUUGGAAGUGAAAAUGAAUAUGCUUCUUAUACUAGUGGAUUUGAAUCGCUUGGGAAUGAUGAUGGUGAUAUUAAAAAGAUUGACGAUAGUGAUAAUAUGAGUAAGAAUUAUACAUCAUAUACUAAAGAAAGCAUCGAUCACACGGAAUCACCAUAUCAAUCUUCACAUAGUGGUUCAGAAUAUACUUUUGACGGAGAAGAUGACAAUAACGAGGAGAACAGCUUGGAGAAGAACGAACAACUGGUAAAUGCUAAAGAACACAAUGGUGCCAAGCUAGAUUUUUAUAGAUACACAAAGAGUAGAUUGAAAAGUCCACAUAAACCUAUAGAUAGCAAAGUCCAAGAGAAAGUACGUAUCUUCAAUACCCAUGCUCAGGAAGAGAACAAGGUUCUUCGUGCUGAUAUUUUGAGUCCUAUGGCGGAACAGAAUUCCACUGCUUUUGAUUUACAAGAUAAAGAUGCUACAUAUGAAGAAAUCAUUAGAUGGAAAAAUGCUUCUCAAUUGCGUUUGGCCCAAUCGAACUCACAACCGAAUCAAAAAUCGAAUGUGAUUAAAGGAAGACUCAUGCCUGAUGAAAAUUUACCUACAGAAUAUGGGAAUAUGAUACUUGAUGAUAAGGAACAUAAAUGGAAACUUAAAUCAAACAUCACUAACAAUGAAAAUAAAUCCCUCAAUACUCUUGAAUCAAUAGAAGAUUUAACAACAAAUUCGAAAUUUAUCAGAAAUACCGAUGAUGAUGCGUCUCCAAAUGGUGGCCAUCCAGAUCAAAGUAUUUUGAAAAAGGGACCUUCCUGGACAUCGAAAAGAAGAAAUAGUAAUAAUAAAUUAGAAGUUUCAUUCCAUUUACCGUCAGAAUCAGAAGAAAAAACCAGUCCUGUUGGUAUUGAUGUGACUAGAAUGUCUCAAUUAGAUGCCGAUUUCACAUUUUCUCAAUCAAAUCUGAAAUUAAUUUCAAUCAUUAAUGAAAUAUUCGAAUCUGCAAACGCUAGUGGUAUUUCCUGGGAACAUGUGAAUGAAAUAUCACUUGCACAAUGUAAUUUGAAUAACGUUAAAGAUUUAGAUCAAUUAUUACCUAAUUUACGUUCACUUGAUUUAUCAAGGAAUGAAAUUAGAUAUUUGACAGGUAUACCACCAGGAAUCUUCGCAUUGGAUUUACUGGAGAAUGAAAUAGAUGAUAUGACUUCAUUUGGGAGAUUAUUUGAUUUACAAGGAUUGAAUCUUAGUGGGAAUGCGUUUACUCAAGUGAGUAAUUUAAGAGAAUGUAUGCAUUUAACCACGUUGAAUCUUUCCCAGAACAAUAUUAAUAAUCUUGAUGGGAUUGGCGGAUUAGUCCAUUUAAUUGAUUUGGAUCUUUCAGGGAAUCGAUUAUCAGGUCAUUUGAAUUUUCAAAUGUUUGAUUUACCUAAGUUAGCUACUCUAUAUUUGGAUGAAAAUAAACUAGAAGUUGUUAGUGGGCUUGAAAAUUUACCAGAAUUAAGAGUGUUAUAUCUUGAAGAAAAUAAUUUGACGGAAUUAACUAGUGGUUAUCAUAAGAAUUUAAAGAAAUUAUCAGUCAAGUUUAAUAACUUACAACUGUUGGAUUUGGAAAGUUUUCCUUGUUUGAGAUAUUUAAGAAUUGAUGGUAAUAGAAAUCUUCAUAAUCUUAAUUGGAUAAAUGAAUUAAAGAAAAUUGAAGAAGUUUCAUGUAAAGCAAUGGCACCACAAAUUCUUGAUUCAUUGUUUUCAGCAGUCCCAGAUGUCAAGGUAUUGGAUUUAUCAGGAAAUAUCCAAUUAUCACAGGCAUUACCCACAAUAAAAUUCCGAUAUGUAUCUAAAUUAACCCUUUCUGCUAUCAAUUUAACAUCAAUUCCUCAAGAAUUCCAUCAUGUAUUCCCCAAUGUUCAAGAUUUGAAUUUGAAUUUUAAUAAAUUACAUGAUAUUUCCGGAUUAGCAAACUUACGAUUACGUAAAUGCUGUUUAGUUUCCAAUAAUAUUGAAAGGCUCCAACAUAUAACUGACUCGCUUUAUCCCUCAAGAAGAUCACUUAUAUCAUUAGAUGUGAGAUUGAAUACAAUGAAUACGGAAUUUUAUCCAUAUAUGUUCAGUCCUGAUGAAGUUAAUGGGAUCAAUUUGGAAACAGUUGAUGAUAUUGAGAAUUUUUCAAUCCAUUAUCAUUCAUUGAAAAAGCUGGGAGAUUGGAAUGAAAGAGAUCGUAAAUUUUGUUCUGGAUAUACACUUGGAAGAAGAGAGUUAUAUGAACAGAGCUUGAUAUUGUGUUUUUAUAGAUUGGUUAAAUUAGAUGGGAAUGAAAUAACUCAAGAAAAGAGAGCCUAUUUAAGGGAGCUUGCCAAACAAAGGAGAUCUUCGGCUGAAACCAAUAUGUAG